CACUCGCCAACGUUCGCACCGGGAUAAUCUCGAUAAUCCAACUAAUGAUCGCGUGUUAAGAGGAUCAAAGUCACGUGACGUAACAAGCGCGUGUGUUGCUAUGUGACGUUGGGGUAGGAGCCGAGCUGUUACAAUGGAGUAGUCAAACUGGAGGGACGAGAUAGGACAGGUGGAACACGCACCGAGAAGCCCUGCAACAAACACAACCAUGUCAGCGGAAUUCGAACGAAUUCGGCAACGGGGGAGGGAUCGCCUUCUGCAGCUGUCCAAACCGAAGGAGCCCAAAGUGGAAUGGUGGACCAGCGUCGGGCCGAAUGUGAAGUGGGGCACCCAGGACAUGCUCUGGCCGAUCCCCAAGUCUGCCAGGACAACAGUCGCCUCAAGCAGGGUAUCGGAGCUAGCCACACCAAAAAGAAACUUCCAGAAAGAAACCAACAUAGACAAUCAUCCAAUAUUCUUCUACAGCUGUGGGAGGUCGUCGGUGCUAUGGAACGUCAGUCCUAAAGCCAUGGCGACAUCCGCAUCGCAGAGAGUCACAGAACUUGCCAAACCAAAGAGGACACAUCAGGAAUAUUUGGAACACAGGCCAGACUUUUUCUACAGCUGUGGCAGGGCGAGUCCCAUCUGGACGGUGGAGAAAGGAGCAGCUCAGUGUGGCGAGCGAGCCCACACAACUCAACUGGCACAACACAAACCAUACCAUAAAGACUUCCAGCCUUCCAGACAGGUGCAGACCGUCAUACCUGCUCCUGCUCUCAAAGGCCGGGCAUCCGAGAGGGUUGAAUCGCUCGCCACACCCAAAGAAAGGAACCCAGGGCCCUUCAGAGAGCCACAAUGGACUGUGAGUGCUGCUGCCAAGAACUCAUCGGCCAGUACAAGAAGCAUGGAGUUAGCCCGAGCCAAGGGGACAACUGAGGGGUUCCAGGCUGCCCGGGAGGUGGAAUGGCCAGUCACACGAGCAGCAAAACGUGCUGCAGCUUCAAGUCGGUUGGAAGAACUCUCACAACCUAUUGUGCGAGCAUCAAUGGACCAUGUGCAAUUCAAUCCUGAUGCGUUCAUAGUGAGAGAAUCUGCUCUGAAGGGUGUUGUGCCCCGACGAAUCGAAGACCUGGCACAGCCAAUUCAGAGGGGGUUAACAUGGCUAGGGUAUAGGGGCGAACAGGAUAUAGGGUUAACUGGAGUAUAUAAAGGAGGGCUAAAUGGGAUUUAACAUACUGAAGAAGCACAAUGUGUAAUUAAAGAACACAACUGUAACAAGAAUUGCCAUAAACAUUAUCAGUGUGUUGAAGGAUUUUCCAACUAAAUUUUGUAUUUUAAUGUAUUACCUGUUCAGUUAAACACUGUCAAUGUUAACUGCCUUCAGAAAUCAGAACUCAUUUCAAUAAUUAUUAACGCCAGAUUAAAGGUUAUCGGAUAUUUGUGGUCUCUUGAACUGGACUAACAUUAUAUUUAUAAGAUUUCUACUAUUCUUGAUCCAUGUAUAUGAUUUAAUGUAGCAAUAUCUAAUAUUUAUUUCCAUUUCUUCGAUGUCCAUGAACGACAAUUCUGUAUUACCAACCAUAUUGUGUGAUUGUUGAACAGAAAUGGCUUCCAUUUUGAUUUUGGUAUAAUUGUUGAGGCCAAAUAUUUGCUUCUUUGUUAGUCUUCCACCCAAACUACAAUCUAUUUUCACAAGUUAUUUACAUGCAUAAAUUAUCAUGGAGAGAAAAUUGUAAAUGCUUUAGAGACACAAAGCAUACUAUGUGAUGAUGCUGACCAAUGAGAGCCAUGCAUUCAAUUCACUUUGUGUUAAAAUAUCAAUUACUCGAUGAUACAAGGUUCUGGAUUGGUCAAACACAUUCAAGUCAAACAGAUCUACUGGUAUUGUUAACAACAUUCAUCUAUUCCACUCAUUUAUGCACUACUAAUAACUCGAAAGAUUAAUAAGCAUUGUCAUCUCAUGACCUCACGUUUGCUGAAACCUCAGGAUUGAUUUU